AUGAGAGCACACUUAGCAGUCGCCUUGUUUGGACUCAUUGUCCUUUCUUGUCAAAGAAUUACGCUGUGCCAUCUGGUACCUGGGGACGUUAUAGCUAAGUCCAUUCAAGGUGAAAUCAAGCAGGCUGUUGGCGACCUCGAACAAACCGGUCUUCUGGAAAAACUUCGCUCUAUUGUUUCUCAUAUUGUUGGUGAUAGCGAUGAAGAAGAAGGCUCUGGUUCAGGCACUUCCGAAGCGGCUGAGAAUGAAAGCAGCACUGACGGUUCCUUUUCGGGAUCACAAGGAAAUGGUACAAUAGUUGUAGCUACUGUCGUUGCUACAAGUACAACCGUUUCUAGUUCCGAAUCACCUGCGGAUGAAAGUACUACUGAGGUUUCUUCUGAAACAACAGCUGAAUCCAGUUCCGAAGCAUCCGCUUCUAGUUCUACUGAGGAUGAUAGUACGAUAGCUUCAAGUUCCGAAUCACCAGCUGACUCCAGCUCCGAAGCAUCCGCUUCUAGUUCAACUGAGGAUGAUAGUACGACAGCUUCUAGUUCCGAAUCACCUGUGGAUGAAACAAUUUGCCUUUUUGGAUUGAUGUUCGCCGUAUGCCAAGCUGAGUUGGGUGGCGAAUUCACACGCACUCUUAUCUCAUCAAAUGAAACGGUAGAUGUUUAUGAACUAACGGAUCUAGCCGACGAUGCUGACAUUGAUGUCGAAUUGGGAAACCAAAAUGAUGAUCCUGAAGAGGAAUGGGGAAACCAAAAUGAUGAUGCUGAGGAUGAUGCAGAAACACAAAAUGAUGACGCCGAGGAUGAUUCGGAAAAGCAAUAUGAUGAUCCCGAAGAUAGUUUGGAAAAACAAAAUGAUGAUCCCGCGCAAAGUGCCGAAAAACAAAAUGAUGACCCUUCGCAGCAAUAA